UUCAUCGUACGCGCGCUCAUCGCCGGUCUGCAGAAAUAUCAGUGUAAAUCAACGCUGUAUAUUACGUUGUGCUCCGACUUAUACGAGGCUGUGCAUCGCACUGGGGAGUUGUGGAUGUGGAUGAAUGAGUCAGGUCAGUUGUGAAGCACGAGAGCACGUGGCAAUUGAGUAUACUUUUGUGUAUUUAUUUUAAAUAAAUCUUAAAGAAUGAAACCGAAGAAAGUAAGUCAAGGAUCUCUCAAAUCAUCCAACAGAAAGAAAUUAGCAAUUACCAAGAAAGAAAAACAUAAAAGAGAUUUAAGCAAAAUAACUACGGAAGAGUUUCUUGGCCAAAAUUUUGAAGAUACUGAUACAGACAGUGAUAAUGAGAGAGAUAAUAAUGAAAAAACUAAAAAUAUAGGUGAUAAAAAUUAUGAACAGGCUGACAAUGAGAGCGAUAGUGGUGAAAGUAACUUGGAUCCUGUAGAACAUAAAAAAGCAUUGCUGAAAUUGAAAGAUACUGAUCCUGAAUUUUAUAAAUAUUUGAAAGAGAAUGACAAAAAUCUUUUGGACUUUAACAUAGAUGAUGAAGAUGACGAUAACUCUUCAAUGAGUGAUGAUGAUAAUAGACACAUGCCUGAUGAAAACCUUGAGAUUGCUAGUGAUGAUAGUGAUUUCCAACCAGAGGAAGUUGAAGGUGAUUCUAAGAAGAUCACUAUACAAUUACUAAAAACUUGGCAACAAGAAAUACAAACAGACAAAUCAAUAGUUAGUAUUAAACGUGCUGUAGAAGCGUUCCAUGCAGCUUUAAACAGUGUUGCAGUUUCAUCUGAUCCUGACACAAACAUCCAAUAUAAAGUAGAAGGAAGUGCGAUAUUUAAUGGUGUGGUGCAACUAUGUAUACUUUACUUGCCUGAUGCAUUUAAGCGCUAUUUAAAAUUGGAUCCAAAAUCGCAAGAACCACAUAAAUCUAAAAGAUUUAGAAAAAUACGAGGAAUUUUAAAAUCGUACUUGUCAGAUUUAAUUGCAUUAUUGCGAAGUGUAACAUCUUCCAGUAUACUCGAAGUGCUUUUAAAGCACCUUCGUCAAAUGUUACCUUACACACAAUCAUUCUCGUCCUUGACUAAACCAUUGUUAAGGAUUUUAUUGAAGUUUUGGUCAACUGGAGAAGAAACUGUUCGUGUUGUAGCUUUUAUAAAUAUUUUACGUAUUGCAACCAGUCACAAAGAAUCUACACUUGAGAAGCUGUUAAAGACUAUGUAUAUAAAAUACGUUCAGAAUGCAAAAUUUGUAUCACCCAAUACAUUACCAGGAAUAAAUUUUAUGAGACAAUCUUUGGUUGAAAUAUAUCUACUAGAUCAUAAUCUUUCAUAUAGCCAUGCUUUUUUGUAUAUCAGACAAUUAGCGAUUCAUUUAAGAAAUGCAAUAACGUUAAAGAAAAAGGAAAACUUUGAGGCUGUAUAUAAUUGGCAGUAUAUUAAUUCCUUACACUAUUGGACAGAAUUAAUAACAAGAUUGAAAAACAAUUCAAUAUUACGAUCUUUAUUAUAUCCAUUAGUCCAGAUUAUUUGUGGAACAAUAAAAGUUUGCCCAACUGUGCAAUACUAUCCAUUACGAUUCCAUUGUUUAAAUAUGUUAAUAACAAUCUCCAAGGAGACAGGAACGUUUAUACCUAUCUUGCCGUUCGUUCUUGAGAUUCUAGAUUCUUAUGAUUUUAAUAAAAAGCACAAGGCAGUUUCUAUGAAACCUAUACCACUUAUUUGCGUACUGAGAAUGUCAAAAUCAGAACUGAAAGAGAAUGGUUUCAAGGAUAGUAUUAUCGAAAACAUUUAUCAACUUAUAUUGCAAUAUGCCGCAAAUGAAAGCCAUAAAUUAUAUUUCCCUGAUAUGUUUAUACCCUGUAUAAUACAAUUAAAGGCGUUUCUGAAGAAGUGCCAUGUAGCAAUUUAUUCCAAGAAAAUAAAACAGCUUUUAUCUAUGAUCGAGGAAAAUAGAAAGUACAUUGAGAAUGAGCGCGCUAAAGUAACGAUUGAUUUAAAAAAUACGAUGCAAAUAACAAAUUGGGAAAAUAGGAUAAAGACGGAUGGCACAGCGAUAGCUAAAUUCUGUGCCUCUUGGAUUAAGCUUCACGAAUCACUACAACUUCAACUUCUCAACAAGACUGAAAAAGAAUUUAAUGUACCUGUUGUGAAAAAAUCGGAAAAACGGAAACUUGAUAAACAAAAUGCUGAGGAUAGCGAAGAAGAGAGUGAGCUCGAAUUUUGGGUGAAAGGAACCAAAAGCGGAAGCGAUAAAACGGAAACAGAAAAGCUACCUACUAAGACGAAAAAGCUUAAAAAGAAAAAAAAAGUAGUCAACAAUAUCAAAGAUGAUGAUUUGCCAAAAGAAAAUACAGAUAUUGUUCAAGAUAUCCAUGAUUGGGAUUGAAAGUAAAUGUAAGAUUACUUCAAGUUAACAAUUACAUAAACAAUACAUAUAAUACAUAUUCAUUUAUAUUCUUAAAUGCAUUACAAUCAAUUUCUUUUCUGUUUCUCUGUAUUAUAUCUUAUUUUUAAUAAUAAUAAUAAUUAUAAUAGGAGUUUUGGAAAUAAUCGACCAAACUAGCAAGUAAUAAUCGUUUAUUAAACACGACGUUUCGAUCAUAUGGUUAAGAAUCUGACGAUCUUUUGUUGGGAUAUUUUGUUGUGGCUGUCUCACAAUUUCAAUUUAAUUUUAAUUUUGACUUGUAUAUUUCUCACUAAAAAUUGAUGAUUAUUGCUGUAUGAUGAGUUAAUUAUUACUAAAUUUACUUUCUCACUUGCAAAGGACAACCAUAUGGUCGAAACGUCGUGAAAUUUAAUAAACGAUUAUUAUUACUUGCUAGUUUGAUCGAUUAUUUCCAAAACUCCUAUUUAAAUACUAGUGACCGUCAUUAAUAAUUGGGAAUUUAAUCAUUAUAAUUAUAAUAAUUAUGGAAUAGUCUACGUAUGUUUCUCUUUUUUCGAAUUGUAUUCUUAAUAUUCAGAGACGAAUAUUACAAAAAAAAUAUUUGAAAGCACAA